AUGUCCAAGCAGGUUUUCACCCCACUUUUCAUCCAGAUCAUUUUCAUCACAUCCUGCUUGCCGUUUCUCGGGCAAGCCUUUGUCCCAAAUUAUUCCAAGAAUGUCAUUGCGAAACAAGCAUCAAUGGAUGCUCCAAUAGGGAGAGACAUUGUCAUACAACGGAACAGUAAUGUUAUUGGAAUCACUUCAUCAUCUUCAAGAACUACAAAAUCCUUGUCCUCGUCAUUGCCAGGUUCCUUUGCCACCAAAUUUGAAGAAUUGCAGUCCUUAGAAUCUCGGUUGGAAGUUCUGGAACGAAGUGCCCCUUCGGCACUGACCAGCUUUUACGAGCCAGGCUUGAAGAGUUUUUCCAUCAAGCCGGGAAGUGUCGAUCGGAUGAGUAUUACUAGUACUUGCUAUGCACUGACGGCAGUGUUGGCGGCCAAUGAAGAAUCGUUGUACGAUUCCGAAAUCAAUUUGGAUUUGUCUCCCUUUGUGGACGACGACGAGGACGAAGAAAAUAGUGGGGAUAAGAUCCAAGCCCGAGCCGUUGUUCAGGAAUUGCUCAAGGCGGAAUGGAGAGUCGAUGAUUUGUUUCAGGUGCCAUUAUUACUAAAUACUAUUUUGAAAGUGGAUGCAUCGCGAUCGGUGAUUGGAGAAGACAUUCAAAAGGAUCUUGCGCCCAAGGUUCGAGAAUUGGUGGAAGCUGUCCUGGAGGCCCGUCCCCAACGACGAGCUGGAGCCAAUCAGCAAUAUUCCGAUUACAUUGGAUACUUGUGUUGUCAAGCAUAUGCGACACUUUACGAGUCAACAGAGGUUCCAUCGGCCCCCGACAGUGACCUCCUCAAUAAGAAAGCGGGGCUUGGAGGCCUUCCCACCAAAGUCAUUCCAAAGGGUGCAGCCUCUAGGCUUUCGCUGGCACUCACACGAAGCGCCGAAAUCAGUUUCAAUGAACUCUGUCGUCAACUAGCCUAUCGUGCCGCCGACGAACGCAGCUCUUUUGAUGUCAUUCGACUGGCAUAUUCCCUACUCUCCUAUGUCACGGCUAGUAACAGCCUGGCUGGUACAGCAGGAAGAGAACUUGUCCCCGGUGAAGGCCCGUCUCCUGGAAGUAGAGUAAGCUUACCCAACCGCAAACUUAUCAAAGCUGCCUUGGAUGCCUUCUUUUCGGAACAAAAAGAUGACGGGCUUUGGGACAAGGGACAACCAAUCUACAAGUCCUUUCGCCGCAGUGGAAGAAAUGUCGGAAAUGCCUUUGUCUUUGCUGCAGAUACACUUGGUUGCUUGUUAAGCAAACUGCCAGCAGAAUCAUUUCGUCCUCAUCUUGACAAGCUGGAAAAGACAUUGCAAUGGAUCGAAUCGCAUCAACUUGUCGAAGUAAUCCCGGAUUAUUGCGAUGCGGAAAGUGGUCAGUGCUACGGAAAGGCACUUCGUGGAUGGUCCUCCCCGCAUCUUACGGAAGAUACCGGGCCCCUCUCCUGGAGUACUGCUCAGACGCUGAGAUGCGUUUCCGAAAUGCGCAGAGUCGUCCGCGCCUUGCAAAACGUUGACGUCUUGGCCGAGUUCAAAGGAUUGAAGAACAUGGAAAAGACGCCACAAAUGGCCGCUUGGGACCGUCUUUUGGAUACGGAUUUGGGAGCGGUCGGUCCCAAAACUCGAACAUUGAAAGAAGUAUUGGAGGAGCGUGUUAUUGUCCCCUUUGAAUAUUCCAGCAGCAACCCAGGGUUUGGGGCAGCCUAUUCUGUCAUUCUGUUUGGUCCUCCUGGUACCGCCAAAACGACAAUCUGUGAGGCUCUUGCCGAACGUAUGGGUUGGGACUUUUUGGUAAUUGACACCACGGCAUUUCUUGCGGAUGGAUUGACCAAUGUUGCUUCAAGGAUUCGUUACGUGUUUGAGCGUCUUCAAUCCUUGGAACGCUGUGUCAUUCUCUUUGACGAAAUUGAAGAAUUUUGUUUGGAUCGUGAAACUCCCGGUCUGGGAAUGGAAAGUAGAAUGCUGACCACUGCCAUGCUCACGGCCAUUAACGAUUUGCGCCGAGCGAAACGAAGCGUUUUCUUUUUGGCCACCAACCGGUUGCGUGCCUUUGACUCUGCCGUCAUCCGACCUGGACGAUUCGAUAUGCAGCUUUUUGUAGGUACUCCCAACCUGGAAGCAAAAGUGCUCCAGCUACGGACCAAGAUGGCGUCCAUGCCGAUCAGUAAAGAGACGAAAAAAAGAACCGAGGAAAAGUUCCGUUCCUUUUUGGAAUCGGCAUGGGAAAAGGAUGCCAUGUUCAUGAACUACUUGGAAGGAAUUCAAUUCGCUACCACUUGCGCCAACAUUGUGGCAACCCAAGGCGAAGAGGGUCUUACCGAGGAAGCCAUGAGCGUAAUUCUCGACACACAAGCAGCCGUCAUGACUGCCAGAGGAGCCGUCAGAGAGGAGUACCUUGCUUCGAUGGAUAUGUCACGAUUAUAA